AAUGCUCUAAGGGUCACCACUUUUGUUCUCCAUAUCAAACUUUAGAUAAAAAGAAUCUGUCAUAUAUCAAAUAUUAUAAUCACGAAUCUCUCUCUUCUAAAUGCAUAUUUAAACCCUUACCUCAUGGCUCAAGGUUCGCAGAGAAAGCCACAAAAGCACAAGACUUGUUUCAUAAACAUGGCCACCAUUCAAUCCAACAACAAGCCUUUCUUCUUCAAAUAUGUCCAAUCUCUUUCCCAAACCCCUCAUAGGCUUAGAAAGAGAAUGCUAGCAACAUGGACCCCAGACCAAGAGCUUAAUCGAAUAAGGUUAAGGUCUGGUGCUGAUAUGAAGAGGAAACUCAGAUGGUAUGACUUGGUAGCUCUUGGUGUAGGUGGAAUGCUCGGUGUUGGUGUUUUCGUCACCACCGGUCCCGUAGCUCGCAAUAACUCCGGUCCAUCAGUCUUCAUAUCCUAUAUCAUUGCUGGAAUAUCAGCACUUCUGUCUUCUUUGUGUUACACUGAAUUUUCAGUCAGGAUUCCUGUUGCUGGUGGCGCCUUUAGUUAUCUGAGAGUGACUUUUGGAGAAUUUGUGGGGUAUUUUGCUGGAGCAAACAUACUAAUGGAGUAUGUAUUAUCAAACGCCGCCGUUGCAAGAAGUUUUACAGAGUAUUUGUGCUCAGCCUUUGGCAUAAAUGAUCCCAAUUCCUGGAGAGUGGAAGUUCAUGGAUUGCUAGAAGGCUAUAACAAGUUGGAUUUCUUAGCUGUUGCUCUUGUUCUUAUUCUCACUAUUUGCCUAUGCCACAGUACAAAGGAAAGCUCAAUCUUGAACCUUAUCAUGACAAUCUUUCAUGUCAUUUUCUUCGGAUUCAUCAUAAUCAUGAGUUUCUGCUAUGGAAGUGUGGAUAACUUGGUGAAGCCAAGAGGGCUAACUCCUAAUGGCAUUAGAGGCGUUCUUGAUGGAGCAGCUAUAGUUUACUUCAGCUAUAUAGGCUAUGACUCGGUCUCAACCUUGGCCGAAGAGAUUCAGAACCCUCCGGUAACCCUUCCGGUGGGGAUCAUCGGUUCGGUUCUCAUCGUCUCCGGACUUUACUGCCUCAUGGCCUUGGCUUUGUGUAUUAUGAUACCUUACAAUCAGAUAGCUGAAAAGGCAUCAUACUCAAUGGCUUUCAAUAGUAUUGGUUGGAAGUGGACGGGGAAUGUUGUAGGGGCAGGAGCAAGCUUGGGGAUAGUGGCUUCACUCUUGGUCGCCAUGUUAGGCCAAGCCAGGUACUUGUGUGUUAUUGCAAGGGCCAGGCUAGUUCCAUCCUGGUUGUCUAAGGUUCAUCCUUCCACAGGCACCCCAUUGAAUGCCACUCUCUUUUUAGGGAUUUGCACAGCAUCGAUUGCACUCUUCACUGACUUGGACAUUGUGAUUGAAAUGAUCUCCAUCGGCACACUGUUGGUGUUCUACCUGGUUGCCAAUGCUCUUAUCUACCAGAAAUAUGUGAUAACAUGCAAAAAUUCGCCUUUCCAAACACUCUCAUUCCUCUUCCUUAUCACAUCAUGUGCGAUAGGCUUCUCGAUAUCAUGGAAACUCGAGCAGCAAUGGUGGGGUUUGCCUCUUUUUGGCGGGAUCACAAUCGUCGUUAUCGCCUUCUUCCAAUACACAGUGCCUUGCCUAGGUCAGCCAAGUGAGUGGUCAGUGCCACUCAUGCCUUGGCCGGCUGCCAUAUCCAUUUUCCUCAAUGUCUUCCUCAUGACCACAUUAAAGAUGCUCUCGUUCCAAAGGUUUGCUAUAUGGGCGUGUUUGAUUACUUUGUUCUAUGUAUUAUAUGGAGUUCACUCAACGUUUGAAGCAGAGGAGAUGGAGAUGGAGAUGGAAGUGGUUGUUAAUGAAGCGUCAAACCCAUCUAUCCAACUAACUAAGCUAGAUGUUUAACCAUUUAAACUCAAUUGAAAUUAGAGAAAUCAAGCUUUUCC